AGAUGCAAAACAGAACUAGUUCAGUUCACGCGAGUCAGUCAUAGUGAACCGAAAAUUUUCGCAAAAUUCGUUGAUUUUCGCAAAAAAUGGAAAAAGUGUAAAAAUAAUUGUUUCAAAUACAAUUUUAUUUGUUAAACUGUGAUUAAAUAUAGAAAUGGUAGAUUGAAAGUGUAAAAGAAAGAAAUUAACAGGCGGAAAAAUGAGCGGAAACAAUGCAAAAACAAAUUCAAGCGCAGGAGGAGGAUAUGGCAGCCAGAUGGGGCAGCCCACAAGCAUGGCAGUGCACAUUCCCAGCAUUGAGGAGAAGAACAAGCAGAUGCAGCAGGAGACGAUGAUGGAGAAGCUGCGUGCCAAGUACAGGAACAAGCCGAAGACCUACGAGGAGAUCAAGAAAUCAGUGAGAAUGUACUUUAUUGAGAAGCACUAUCCGUUGGAUCCACUCUGCAAGGCGACGCUGCAGUCGGCACUGGACAAGCUGCAGCAUUAUAUCAAAGUCACCUCCCGACACGGCCUCGUGGAGCGUCUAGAGAGCCUGUCCCGACAGCUGGGACUUAAAUUCAUGGAGGAUCAGCAGCUGCUGUUCAUCUCGACGGACAUGUUCUAUGUAGAGAUACUGCUGGAUGCGAGUGGCAACCUCAACGACGUCAAGGUCCACCACGAGUGCAAGAGUGAGCAGCAGUCCAAUUCCAGCUCCAGCUCCACUGAGCUCCUCAACUGCCUCAAGGCAGGCGACUUUGCCGACUUCACAGUGCAGCUGGAGGGACUGUCCUCCAUCUACCAACUGAAUGCGGAGCCCAAGGUCAAGAAGAAGGCAUUUGUGGCACUCCAGGCCAUGGAAACAGAUAUCUACAAUCUCUACCAGCAGCAGCUGCAGUGCCAACAACAGUUGGGUGGCAUUAGCGAUAGCUACCACAUCAUGAACAGAUCCGCAGUGGGAUUGGUGCUGCCACGACGUGGUGGGCAUCCCAUGAAACUCACCUACUUCUGUCCUCCUCUGCACCUCGUGGAAACACAGGUGAAGGGGGAGAAGUCGUCCACUGCAGUGGGAACUGCCAGCAGGGAUUUCAGCAUUGAGCAGGUGAUGAAGAGUCCAAUUGGACUCAGUGCCACCCUCAAUCUAGAGGGAUCCUCUGCGAACAAACUGCAAAUCCUGCCAAUUGUGAGCUUCACCAGCGAGUCGGGACUCCCCUUGGAGCUGCCUUCCUAUGCACCGCUCACCCAGAACAACUCCAUGUUGAUGCCGGCCACCUAUGUGCUCCGUCUCAGCAAGCCAAUGCCAGUCUGCAUCGAAUCUCUGCGGGCUUUGGCUCUACCUGGUCUGGGAAGUCUGUCGAACGAGGGAGCGACGUCUGUGAUGAAUCUCAUUGUACAGACUGCUUCGAGACAGGCCAUAAGGAGCAUCCACGUCCAGAAGGGCCUGUAUGUCAACCUGCCAAAGGAGACGCACUGUUACUUCCUCACGGAUAACCGCAGGCUGCAGGGCACCAUGAUAUCGUCUUUGCAGUUCACGGAGCCGGCACAGGUGCCUAGGAUCAUCGCAUUCCUCAAGAAACAGGCUCUGUUCUACACACUCCUGGGCAGCUGCGUCAGGGAACAGCAGAAGCAGUAUAAUGACAUGGACAGCACUGUCAUCUUGGAGGUUACUGCCGUCUCGCUCACCCAGAUCACUGUGGAGCUCCAGCAUCCGUAUGAGGAGUCCCUGGCCACAGUGGACUUCCUGCUGGAGGAGGGAGAGGCCACCUGCACCAUCUACUGCCUCAACAAUGACUACGAAGCACUCUCCCAGAAGCUGACCAGGACAGUGCGUCAGGUGGUGUCCAUUCCCAUGGUUAUAUACAAGCUACUCAAGUGCUGGGAUGAGGAGCAUCUCCAGAAGCUGCACGGUGUACCUGCUUUUGGUGCAGGGACAGGCAGCGGAGCAGCAGGUGGCUUCAGUGGCACUGGAGGAAGUGGAGGAGGUGGAAUGCACGGUACAAGCAACUUUGGCCAGUUUGCCAUGGAUACGGGCACGGGCACAGGCUCUGGGGAAGGCAGUAGUGGACUUGGCGGUGGCUUCAGUAGCGUGAACAAUCUGAAGAUGGACUCAAAAGUGCGUUCCUUGGCGGAUGCCUUUGCUGCCUCCACUUCGGCGGCUGCGGCCAUUGCUGGAAUCAUGAAUCUGAAACGGGAGACGGAUCCACAAGCUCCCUCUGGAAGCAGUCCCAUUCCCAGCCCAUCUGCUACUGCGUCCAAGUCUAGCGAUCAUGAGAUUGCGGACAAGUACAAAAACAUUUGGAAGGAUAAGACACCCAACCUGAAGCACUGCGUCAGCAUCACGCCCAUCCCUGGCGAUGGCAAGACGCCUCUCCAGCAACAGCAGCAACAGGUGGAUGUGCAACGCACGGGCGGCAUUGAGAUCAUUCCAUUGAAUGCACAAACCAGCGUAGGAGCCACUUCAAGUGCUCCAAGUGGCUCUCCAGCCACUACCAUCACCAUAACCCCCAUCACUGGAAUCAGUGGAGGCCAAGCAGGCAAGGAGACAUCCAAGGAGCCCAAGAAGUCUGUGUCUGUGUCGAGUGCCAGUGGAAGUGCUCCAAAGCGACCUCAUGAGAGCAGCUCCUCCUCUUCCUCGUCUUCGACUUCGUCUUCCUCUUCUAAUUCGAGCAGCAGCAGCUCCAGUGACCCACAGAAGGAGAAGAAGCGCAAGAAGAAGAGAGAUGACUCUCCCAUGGGUCCACCUGAGAAGAUCUAUUCACGGCAGAACUCGCCCGCAUCUGGCGGCAUGGGGAUCGGCAUCGGGAUGACGGAUGCUUCAGCUGGCAGUGGAGUAGUGCGAAAGUUCUCCUCUCCCUCAGCGUCGUCUUCAUCCUCACCCAAGGCGGGAGUCGGAGCUGGAGUAGGAGCGGGAGUAGGAGUUGGAGCUGCUCUUGGCCUGAUGGCGAGCCAACCGUCGGCUCGUCCCAGUCCGAAGCACUCGCCUGUCUACAGCAGUCCCAAGCACAACAGCAACACCAACACCGCCUCCAACAGUCCCAAGUCGCCAUUCGGCACUCAUUCGCCCAAGCAUGGAUCCUCUGGCAAGCCGAGCAUGUCCACUCUCAAGAGCGCCACGGCGGCCACAAGCCUCAGUCCCAAGUCGGAGAAGUCCUCCUCUGGCAGUGGGGGAGUGAGCUCAGGUGCAGUUUCCCUGGCUGUACCGCUUCCUAUACCUACAGGCACACCUGGUUCAAGUGCAGGGGCUAAUCCCUCCAUGAUGAGACCCGUGCCGCCCUUGGCCAGCAGCAGCGGACAGUUGCCGGUUGCCAUCAAAAAGGACAAGUCCAUAGGUAGCUCCUCCUCAUCCUCCUGCUCGUCACUGGCAUCGGGAGGAGCAUCUGGAGUCGUUGCUGCUGCAGUCGCCGCCCUCAAGAGUUCCCAGCAGCAUCAGCAGCAACUGAAGUCGUCUGUGGCCAGUUUAUCGCAUCUGGCAGCGGGUGGCAGCCUGGGCAACUAUGCGCCGCCAGCGGUGGCCGCCUUGGAGCUCAAUGUCCUGCGCAAGGGCAUGGCGGGAGCGGGAUCGGGAUCUGGAGUGGGUGUGGGACCGGGAAUGGGCGUGGCAGCGGGAGCGGUAGGUGCGGUUAGUUUGAUGACGUCGACGGCAGUUUCGACGGCAACCAUUCCAACCACAGCAGCAACAUCAUCAACAACAACACCAUCAACAACAGCAACAACAGCAACAGCAGUAGCAACAGUGGAUUCAUCACUCACAGCAUCAACAACAGCAACAGUGGGAACGGGACUGCGAGUGGCAACACCAACAACAACAGCAACAACAACAACGGCAACACAGCAACAACAGCUGCAGCAGCAACAACAGCUGGCAACGGGAGCACAUAGUAGCGACAGUGGCAACAUCAGCACGGGAUUGGGAAUGGGAGCGGGAACGGGAACAGGCACUGGACUGUCCACGGAGUACAUGGUGAAGCCGAGCAGCCAGGAGGGCCUUAAGCUGACCAUCAAUAAGACAGGCAGCAGCAGCAGCAAGAGGGAGAGCAAGGGUGGAGCAUCUGGCUCAUCCUCCUCUGGCAGCAAGAAGCAGCACACGGGAUUGAAGCCUGGAGUGAACAGCGGACCAGCCUCAAAGAAGGCACACUCAUCAGGCGGAGGCGGAGGAGGAAGCAGCUCCAGUUCCAGUUCCAGCAAACACCUUUUCCAAAAGGCCAACUCAUCUGGCAACCUGAGCAGCAAACUAAGUGGUUCCUCCAGCUCAGGCGGUGGUUUGCCUCUGAAGAGCAACAGCACCAACUCCUUCCAGGAACAUGGCGCACCCAGGCGAAGACCGAGCAUGUGCAGCCUGGGAAGCAGCAGUGGCAGUGGCAGUGGCAGCGGAGGCCCAACUGGAAGUGGAGGGCAGCGCAAGACACCAUUAGCGGGACCUGGAACGGGAAUGGGAUCGGGAUCUGGAUCAGGAGUGGGGGGAGUGUCGCCAGCUGCGUCAAGUGGGUCAAUGUCACAGCCGCCACCACGUUUCGAUCACCACACGGACAUGAUGACCAUUCUGCAGUAUGCGUCGCCUAGCAUGGCUGCCAGCAUGGAGGGCUUCAUCAAGGGAUUGCACAACAAGUUCCAGAUACCCAAGUUGUCGCAACGCACUAGCAGCAGCAACACUGGAUCCGGACCAGGAGGAGGAGGGGGACGCACCACGCCCAGCACAGAUCAGACAACAGCGACAAUGUCUUCCUCCUCCUCCUCCUCGCAGGAGCAGCAAUCCAAUCUGGAAUUAAAUGCCUUAUCAGCUGGAAUCAGUGCUGGAUCCAGUGGACAACAGAAGCCAAUGACAACUGCUCCUCCAGCAGCGAAUGAUUUGCCUUUCAACUUGGGCAGCACUGGAGGAUCAGGAUCAGUUCCAGGUCCAGGCGAUGGUAUUGACGAGGAGCUGCUCGCCAGGUUGGCAGGCGAAUAACAUCGGCGAUCAUCACUUGGUUUGUUUGUUAGGUAAAUAAAUAUGUAUCCUGUAUUCAAUAGACUCUACAAGUGAUCUUGGACUGUGAACGAAUCUAAACUUAGAACUAAUAAGAGAAAAGACAAUGUUGGGCAAAUGUGAUUAAUAAAUCUUUGAAAUCUUUGA